CUCCCGACCAGCUUCUCGCGCCCAGAGUCCAGCCUCCCGGACCUUCGCUCCGCCACGGGGUCGCGGCGUGCCCGGCAGCACAGCGCUCGGCGCCGGCCCCACCCCACGCUCCGGCCGGCACCCGGAGGAGCCAAUGGCCGAGGCGGGCAGGAGCCCGGCCGAGCGCCCGCGGGAGCCAGUCGCGCAGGUGGCGGCUGAAGCCUCGGAGCCCGAGGCAUCCGCCCCGCCGCGGGCCCUACGCCGGCUGCCCGGGGACCCGAGCCCCCGUGGCCGCUCCCAGAGCGACCUGUCGUCGUGCUCAAGCAGGGGCCGCCCACUCCGGGUCCACAUCACCGGCUCAGUUGAUGGACUGGACAAAGCUUCUAUAGCAAACUCAGAUGGCCCAGCAGCGGGUUCCCAAACACCUCCUUUCAAGAGAAAAGGGAAACUCUCCACCAUUGGCAAAAUCUUUAAGCCUUGGAAAUGGAGGAAAAAGAAGACCAGUGACAAAUUUAGAGAAACCUCAGCAGUAUUAGAAAGGAAGAUAUCCACAAGACAAAGUAGAGAGGAGCUGAUAAGAAGGGGAGUUCUUAAGGAAUUGCCUGAUCAAGAUGGAGAUGUAACAGUUAACUUUGAAAAUUCAAACGGGCACAUGAUACCCAUCGGAGAGGAGUCUACCCGAGAGGAAAAUGUAGUCAAAUCUGAAGAAGGUAAUGGCUCUGUAGCUGAAAAGGCGCCACCUCUGGAGGAAAAGGCAGAAGAUAAGACAGAGAACACUGAAAACCUCCCUGAGACGCCGGCAGCUCCUGCUCCACCCCCCUCAACUCUUCCUAAGCCUAAGCCCAAACCUAAGCCCCCCAAAGCUCCUGUGCCUCCAAAAGGGGCUGCUGCCGGGGCCAGCCCCAAGGGUGACGAAGUGCCUCCUAUUAAAAAAAAUACCAAGGCUCCUGGUAAGCAGGCCCCCACCCCUCCACCCAAGCCGACAAGCCGAAACACAACCCGAAACACAACCCGAGAGGCUGCUGGUUCCUCUCAUUCAAAAAAAACAACUGGCUCCAAAGCCUCAGCUUCGCCAUCUACUUCCUCCACCUCAUCUUGUCGAAAAACUUCAAAGGAGACGGUUUCCAGCAAAACAGGGACUGUGGGAAUCACAAAGGGCAAGAAAAGAACUGGCAAGCAGCCCACGUCUCAACCAUCCUCCGAUGCGACCACAACUGAUACGUCCGACCUUAAAGGACAGCCUUCGGAGACCAAGGUGGAGACUGAGCGGACUGCCCCCGGGACCGAGGAGCUGACCACAGGCAAAUCCAAGUCUGCAGUCCCUCCACCCCCAGUGGCUCCUCCGCCUCUCCCCCCCGCCCCUCACCUUGUUCUGGAGGAACAGUGCGUUUUUGCCUCAGACACUCCGGUUGUCCUGGUCAGCAGUGCAGCCGACCUGCCCGUCCCUGCCUUAGACCCAAGUCAGCUUCUCUGGACUGAAGAGCCGACAAACAGAACCACUGUCCACUCAGGCACUGGCUUAAGUGUUAGCCGAGAAAAUGCAAAAUGCAGUUUCACAACCAAAGACCAGCUGCUGGCCCCUGGGCUGACGGGAGAGUCUGCAGAACCCUUCUGUGCCCCGGAGGACGAGAGCCAAAGGGAGUGCCGGGCCAGCGACUCGGACUCCGAUGGGCCUGUCCUGUACACCGACGACGACGACGAUGAAGAGGAUGAAGAUGAGGAUGGCAGUGGGGAAAGUGCUCUGGCAAGUAAAAUCCGACGACGGGAUACUCUUGCUAUCAAACUUGGCAACAGGCCAUCCAAAAAAGAACUCGAGGACAAGAACAUCCUGCAGCGGACCUCUGAAGAAGAGAGGCAGGAAAUCCGACAGCAGAUUGGAACCAAGCUAGUCAGGAGACUUAGCCAGAGGCCCACAACUGAAGAAUUGGAGCAAAGAAAUAUCCUAAAACAAAAGAAUGAAGAAGAGGAACAAGAAGCAAAAAUGGAACUUAAACGCAGACUCAGCAGAAAGCUCAGCCUGAGACCCACCGUGGCAGAGCUGCAGGCCCGGAGGAUCCUGCGGUUCAACGAGUACGUGGAAGUCACCGACUCCCCUGACUACGAUCGCCGGGCCGAUAAGCCCUGGGCCAGGUUGACACCCGCAGACAAGGCAGCAAUAAGGAAAGAACUAAAUGAAUUUAAAAGCACAGAAAUGGAAGUUCAUGAAGAAAGUCGACAGUUUACAAGGUUUCACCGCCCAUAGUGAGGUGCGAGCCUCUUUGGAGACGUAGACUGAUCAUCUGUGGGAGAAGCCUUGCUUCCCGAACACCUGAUAUUGCACUGGGAUUUGACUGUGUGUGUGUUUCCAUUUCACUUGUGGAGAAGAAGCGUGUGGAAAGUGCUCCCCACCUCUACCGCCCAGAUGUGGCCAACAAGCAAAUGACGGGUGUAGUGACCUUGCUGUCCAGCAUGUGUAUUGAUGGUAAGGGACACAAUGGUUACACCAGUUAUUCUUCAUCAGGGGUUUUAAUCAAGGAAGAUGAGCAGAAGACAAUCGCUGGCUCCCUGUUACCAGAAAGCCAAAUUUUAGAGUGCGGGUUUUAAAAAAAAGAAAAACGGGGAGUGGAAUGGCUGGGCACUGGAAAGGGGUGGGUGGGGGUUGAAAACCAGAAGAAAGAGAAAAAUUUCAUUAUGUUAAUGAAGCAAAGAAAAAAAAUGAAGCGUAAAUGUAUUUUUGAAGUAGGCUUUUGAUAGCUAAGAACUUGUUAAGGGAUUUCGGGAUCUAAUCACCCAUUGUGGAUUCCUUAGAGACCUGAUCCUAGAAGAAAAUUCUUUCACCAUUAUGAUGGUGCUGUAUAGUACCAUUGCUUUAUGUUGUGCCAGUGAAUCCAGUUGCCAGAGAUAAGUCUGAGUGUUUUCAUGCAUCUUUUUCUUAAAUGCAAGAGGCUUUUAUGGACUCUUAACAAGCAUGCUUACCCAAAUUCUGUUGCAUGCUUUAAGUAGCAUAGAUAUACAUACUUUACUUUUUCUCGUUUAAUACUCCUUACCUAAUGUACCACAAGGGUAACAGGACUGGGAAUAAAGUCAGAUGUGAUGUGACCCUAUUAAACUGUAGCAAGCUUUAGAAAGAAAUAUUUUGGUCUUUCCCUAGCUUACCUUCAAAGUUGAAACAACCAUGUUUGAUCUAAGGAAGAUAAUAUUGACAAUCACAUCUUUUUAAAAAAUCUGAUUCCAAAAUUAAAACUUAAGCAAAAUGCAAGUGUUCUGCCAGCAGAUAGCUCUUAACAGGACUGCAAAGGACUACUUAUUUUCCAUGCUGCAUUAAGUUGGAUUGCUGCUAUUUAAAAAGAUUAAGCACAUGGAUCAAAACAGUACUCACAGACAUAAAAGAACACAGAAAAUUUUUGCUAAGUUGAGAGUGAGGAGAAUCUCAUUUUGUGCUUUAAGAGUCUGCAGAUUGCAUCCAUAAAUAUAACAUUGAGUUUUAGUGCAAAAAAUGGGUGACUUUAAAGUUAUGGAAGGUCUCCCUAUGAGCCUAUAGUCAGUAUUGUUUACAUUAAUAAACCCUCUACUGUCAUCUUGCUAGUUUCCGUGGAGUCACCGGCACAGCACGGCUUCUGCUCCCAAACACAUGUGACCAUAUAUGUACAAGUAUACUACCUUGCAUUUAAUUGUUUUUUCCCACAAUUGUUUUGUGCCCCUUAUAUUAAAGACACAUAAUUUGUGUAACAAAAAAAGACCUAAAUGGACUUAAUUUUAUUCUCAGAGCUUGGACUAGAAUUUUCUGAGAGGAUUCUGAUUUCUACUAUGGAAGACUGUAAUUUUCUAUUUCAACCAAAAAAGCAAACACUUUGGUAGAUAAAUUUGGAUCUUGCCUCUUAUUGAUACUUUAAAGACUCACUUGAAAUUGGGAUGAUUUUGCUCAAAAGUAAAACUGAUUUGGCCCCAAUUAGUCUAUUACAAAAACCCAGGACCGUUUAUAACUAAGAAAAGUGACCAGCAUUGUUGCACGUCUUGCUGCCCUCAGCCAUGUGCAUUAAUGAAACAAACAUAGGUUUCCACACUGCUGUUAUUUCAUUAAUAAGAUAAGAUGUAUUUUUGCUCUGAAACAAAAAAUGUUUGUGCACACCCAAGUGUCUUCAUCUGGCUGAGGUUUUGUCCAUUUCAUAGUGUUUACAGCCAUAGACAUUAUGUAUGUUCUAAUUUUUUACUAAAGUCACCCUCUUCCUUAUUUUAUUAUCAUUUUAUUGUCUUAGGGAAAAUACCAAGGACUGUAAUGUUAUUUUAAUUUUCUGUACGUAUGAUUUUUUUAACAUGGUUUUGAUUUUGAAUCAAAAGACCUUGCCUCCUUAAAAAUGGUAUAUAUAAGACAUCACUGUUUUAUCCCUAAUUAUGAAUGUCACAGAAAGUCCCUAUUUGGUUGAGAAAAGGAACAGCUUUCCCCCCCGACUAGUGGUGCAUAUGAUGCAACUUUUUAUUCCCUACAAUGAGAGGCGCCCAGUACAAUAAUGAGGAUCUGGUGCCUUGAUAUCUUGCUUUUCCUGCAGGAAGGUUCAGAUCUGUGAACUGCCCACACUUUGUCUUCAUACUGAUUUCCAUGCUUAGAGGAAUGCUUAAAUGUGACAAGUGUUAAAGUCCAAAAAUUUAACCACUGCCAGUCUAAUAUUUAAGAACUGGAACCACCAUUUACUUCAUUAGAUCGAUUCUUUAGAUGAAAAGCUGUGGAAAGAAUCGGAGGGUUGUGAACUAAGCUGUAUGUUGCAGGACAGGCUCUGUUUUUAACAGCGGACUCUACAAGGCAGAAGCACUGCGUUUCCACCCCAGCGACCCGUCUAGAGGUCUCUUGCUUGGUGGCCCUGAGCGGAUGUGAAGGUGUGAACCGCCCCCCCCCCCCCCAAUAUAAUUAAGCCUCUGCCUGAGCAUUUCUGCAAUUUCAGCAUAUCUGCAAUCUAACCAAUAAGCUAGGGUUCUAUAAAGAUGAUUAAUGUGUGUGCAAAUCGUGUUGUUGUAACACAACUCCAUGUUUUCCCCAAUUUAAAGUGCAACAUUAGGCUAACAUAGAGGAAGUGCAUGGGUUUCCCUGAGUCCCCAGGAUAUUCUGAUUGAGGGAAAAAAAACAAACCCAUCUCUAGGAAGGCUCCAGGCAGGAAAGAACGAGAAAGACUGGUAAGUGCUCUUUCCACAGGCUUUCUCAGCAUCUUUGUGGUCAUUACCAAUCAGUCUGAAAAAUUUGAUCUCUGGCGAGCAGCAUUAAUUUAAAGUGGCUCUGCCUGAUAAUUUCCUGUGUGUGUGUCAAAUGACUUGUACUUUCUAUGGUUAAUGUAGUUUGCCCUUAUUGUUAAGUCCUUAAAUGAUUUAUAUGAACUCUAUAAUACUCAGAGAACCAUUUGGGGGUAUUUCAAUAACCGUUUUAAAUGGAGGAAAAGGCAAACUCAUCUCUCUCUGAUUUACCCAAAAAACCUGACUUCCUGAUUUCAUUUUAUAUGCUUUAUUAGCACACUGAUUUUUCACUUAUCCUUUUCUAAUGUUAGCAAAUAUAUUCUGUAAGUAGAAAGUUCUGAAAUUUAAAUGAAAAUCUAUUUAAGGAAGCAGAGGACUUGCAUACCCCCCUCAGAAAUGAUCUAAUAUUGAAAAUGAGAGAUAAGUCCUUAAAACCCAUAAUUCAGGUUUUACACCCGGCAGUUAAUUCAGUGCUGCACUGGCAUUUUUAUAAAAAAAUACCGUAGUAGCUUCCACUUAAAAGAGAGAAAAUUCUGCAUUAACACUGCCUAUCCUGAUUAACUACCACAUUUUAUCACGUAACUGGCACUGUAUUUAUACUUAAUGGAGUUAGGCAGACACGACUUCAAAAAUUAUACUGUAUUCACAAUAGAAAAAGGCAGUCUUGUCUACCUCAUAGUAGUAUGCCCACACUUAAACAGGGAAGGUUUCUUUUCUUCCUUUCUUGCUCAGAAUUUUCUUCCAUCUGUUACUGUUUUCAAGUGCUCCUAGCAGCACAUUUCACAUAGAAUGAAAAAUCUUCACAACAGGUGGGAAAGUAUUAAACUCAGACGAGAUACAUAAAUUUAUGUCACUUUAUCAGUCUGGUAGCUCAAGCAUUCCUAAAUUCCAAUUGUAUUUCUAAGCCUAACCUUACUAGUAAAAUAUAUACUUUGAAACAAAAGCUAAUUUCUCCCCAUCAUUAUUAGAGUAUGCUGUGAACACUAAGGAACCACUUGGAUGUAAUUUAUUACAAGGUUGUCUCUCGGCCUCUUGAAAUAGUUAAUCUUCCACUACUGAGUAUUUGCUCUCUAUGAGUGGGUGGGUUAUAUAAUUUAGCUUUAUUUGACAAACAGAAUCAGCUUCUAGAACUUAAAUAUGUCCUAGAGCGGAAGAUCAUCAAAUUAAUAUGGCCAUCUUUCUGAGAGUUAGCACAUCUCCAGACAGCUCAAACCCAAGUUUUCAAGAGUACCAUAAGGCUCUACUAUAUAAUUUGGCAGUGACCAAAAGGUGGUAGGAACAAAGGUAAAUACUCCCAAACCAUUUUCUUUCUUUCUUUUUUUUUUUUUGUAAUCAUGAAGCUUUAGCUCAGUAUGGAAAUCUAGAAAACAACAGAAAUAUAGUCCACUUGAGUUUUUUCAAAGACAGAGUCAUCCCAAACUAACAACUCUCAUUGUAUAUGCUGUAAGAUUUCUGGCCAAAAAAAAAAAAAAA